UGAACUCAUUUUUUUUUAAUCAUGGCGUCCCAAACGAAGAGUCAGAGAUACGAAAAGCGAUCUACUCGAACGGAGUUUAAGACAACUUCAACUCCAAAGGCUAGUUCUUCAUCGCAGGCAAAAUCUUUACUCAGUCCGGCGAAAAUUUCCAGGCAUGAAGAGAAAGAAGAGUUGAUCGGCCUCAACGAUCGGCUGGCAACUUACAUUGAUCGAGUUCGUCACCUCGAAUUAGAAAAUGGACGACUUCUAGUCCAAAUUACUUCUUUUGAAGAAACACAAACCCGAGAUAUUGAAGGCAUUAAAGUUUUAUAUGAAAAGGAAUUAGCUGAUGCCCGGAAAUUGCUCGAUGAAACAGCUGGAGAAAAGGCGAAAUUGCAGAUUGAAUGUGGGAAAUACAAGACGGAGUUGGACAGUUUGAGACCAAGAGUUGGCAAGCUUGAGAAGGAGCUGAAUGCAGCAAACAAGCGUGUGGCAUCGCUAGAGUCCCAGAUCGCCGAGAAAGAUGUGAGGAUCCGCUCUCUCUCCAACGACAAGCGCUCUCUGGAGGAUGAACUCAAUGAGCUCAAGAAGGACCUUGGUAACAAGGAGAAACAGCUCAAAGUUGCCAAGAAACAGGUUGAGGAGGAGACCCUUCUCCGAGUGGACCUUGAGAACAGGCUCCAGAGCCUGAAGGAGGAACUGUCUUUCAAGGAGCAACUCUUCAAGGAGGAGCUGAGGGAGACACGUACCAAGCGCCAGGUGGAUAUGUCCACCAUCGAGGGGCAGAGCAUCGAGGAGCUGAACAACUCCCUGUAUGAGAGCCUGCAGGAGCUGAGGGAGCAGACCUCUGAGCAGACGACCCUGCUCCGCCAGGAGACAGAGUCCCUUUACUUCAGCAAGUUGGCUGAUCUGAAGGCUCUGGCUGAGCGUCACAGGAAUGCUGCCGUCAACUCUCAGGAUGAGGUUCGUAAGCUCCGCAGCACCGUUGAUGACCUCACCUCUGAGAUCACCACCAUCCGUGCCCAGAACAAUGCCCUGAUCGCCCGCAUUAAGGACCUGGAGAAGCAGCUCCGCCAGGAGCAAGAUGACCACCUGGAGGCAACCACCCUGCGAGACAAGGAGCUCCAGCAGCUCCGUGAUGCCGUCGCAGAGCAACUCAAGGAUUACGAUGACCUGCUCAACAUCAAGCUUAGUCUCGACAACGAGAUCUCUACCUAUCGCAAACUCCUGGAAGGAGAGGAGACCAGGCUGAGGAUCACCACACCUCCUCGCAAGACCAAGUCUACAGGCCGGGACCCGAGACCAACCAAGCGACGUCGCGUUGAGGAUGAAUCCAGCGUCACCCAGAGCGCCACCAACAAUGGCGUCGUGGCCAUCGUGGAGAGCGACCCUGAAGGAAACUUUGUGAAGCUCCACAACAACUCUGAUACGGACCAAGCCCUGGGCGGGUGGCACCUGAAGCGCAGCGUGGACGGUGGCAGCCAGCAGUCCUACAAGUUCACUGCCAAGUACGUCCUGAAGGCAGGCCAGGAGGUGACCGUCUGGGCCUCUGGCAGCGGCAAGUCCCAUAGCCCACCCAAGGACCUGGUCUACAAAAACGUAGAGUCCUGGGGGACUGGCGAUAACGUGGAGACCUCUCUGCUGGAUGCUUCCGGCGAGAUCAUGGCUACUCGCACAGUGAUUAAGGAAGUGACAACACACGAGUACAGAGAGGGGCGAGAAGACAGAUGCAGCCUUAUGUAAUGUGACUACUGAUGAGACUAGGACAGCACUUUUUAAAAUACUGUAGAAUUCAACAUUACCACUCGUACCUUUAUAUCGUCACUUGCGAUGUUUUAAGAGUAGUUUUGUACAAAUUUUGUAGAGAUGUUGAGAAACUUGCAGAGUAUGUCUUAGUUUUGCUAUUUUUAAACAAUCAACAAUCAUGUUUAUUCAACUAAAAAAAAACACUGUUAAUUGGCUGAUUUUUAUAUUUAGAGAGAUAGGAAGUU